AAGUGGAAUCAGCCGAAUCAGUCGUCGACAUAAUUAUUUUUGAAUAUAUUGUUUUUCCUCUUUAUAGUUAAUUGAUUCUAAAAUUUUAGGUUAUUUAGUUGUCUUGAACAAAUAUUUCUUUGAAUAAAUCAGUUGCAAUAAUGAACGACUUUUCUGGCUGUGUAAGACUUUGAAAUAUUUACAAAUAAUUGUGUGAUUUUACGAUGUGAUUUGAUAUAGAAAAGGGAUUACAGUUUAUGUAGUAGAUAGAAAAAGAAGCAGUCACGAUGGAGACUGUACUGGUGCAGAAUAAGAUAAAGCUGCUUUUCGAGAAGAUGAGUGCACCAGGUUAUAUUAUGAACAAUUACUACGCUGAUGGACUAAUCAACAAACUGGCCGAGGAUACAGAACCAGAAAUCUCAUUCAUGAAACUUCUGACUCAAAUAUCAGAUCUGAUUACGGACGCCUUGGGUCGCAUAGAAGAAUGCCACGCAACAGUUAAAGUGUUCCUCGUCCGACUGCUGGCCAUCGCUUCGAAGAAAGAACUGCAUUUUGCCAAGAUAUUCUCCAAAAGGGGCGAAGAAAUCGCCAAGCGUUUCAGAGAAAUCAACUCCUCAGGUAUAAACCCCAGUUUAAGAGUCGCACACAUGGAAGUCGCGUUGGCUAUGGUUUCUCAUGAUACAGGAGUGUCGUGGCUUCUGGAGACAGGCGUCUGGAAAGAAAUCCUUAGUCUUUGCAGUGAGAAACAAACAGUCUUUGUCGUUCGACAAACUUACAAAUUCGCCUCUCGAUUCAUGUGGAAACUGAACGACAUGAGCGACGAAACCAACAUCAGACAAGUUCUUAGCCAUGUUCUAAAACCUGUUCAGGAAAUUGAUUUUUGCAACAUAUACUCUCUCACUCCCGAGAUGGAGGAAAGCUUUACCAAAGUCCUGGAGCCUAUGCUUCACAUCAUCAUGGCUGUGGUGACUGAAGUAGAUUAUAUGCCCAAACAGAAUAUACUCAUGGGCAUCUUAUUGAGGGAACACGGCAUCGUGUCUUACCUUCAUCUGGUGAUGGAUCGGAUGCGUGAAAUGACAUUACAGACAACGAAGUUGAUCGUCUGGCUGACGGUAGCCAAGUCGUUCCUCGUCAAACCGUUGACGGCAGACACGGUAUAUGUCGCCGAAGACUUCAUUGAGGUCCUUGCCGUGUACUUCAAUAUAGUCCAAUUAUUCGUCGCCCGGCGCUCAGCGACCGGAGCGCUUGACUUCUGUACCGCUUGCAACUUGAUUUGGUUGGCAAUUUGCAGGAACAAAUCAUUUAACUACAGCCGUGAGAGCACAAAUAUUCACAACAAGUUGUUGUUCAUGUGCCUCGUUCCUACGCUGGUGUACAUUAAGGAGAUGGGAAAGGACAAAUAUACCGAGAAAGUUUACGAGAGAAUAAAAGGGUAUAUAACAAAGAUCCUGAAUGGUACAUGUGAACACACAGCGAAAGCGGCGUACGCUUUGAGAGAUCUGUCAGACCAGCUGGACUCUUUGACUAUAACAAUACAGAGUGUGAAGAGGUUGACGUGUAUGAAGAACCAUUUGAACAAUGAGCAGGCAAAUUUUGUUUUCCAAGCGUUGUUCUAUAUUCUGAUAGAGUACGACCCAACAAUACAUGAGGUGACAGAGGAGAUGUACGAAGACAGCCAGGACAAAGUACUGGUGAUGACGUAUGUGUUGGACAACGUGCUGUACCUCGUGAAGCACCAUGACAUCAACUGGUGCGAGAGCCUUGAGGUGAUCUGUCUGUACAACAUCGUCUACAAUAUACUGCAGAGGCCGAACUUGUCUUGCAAGUUCGUAGUCACAGCCCUGAACGUGAUAGCAGUAACCGUGAAGAAAUUCCUGCCCCCCAACCUCUCGUUACUGCUGGAAUCGAAGCCGGGCUCGUCGAUGCACGAGCUGGGCAAACUGAUCUACAUGAAGAUGCAUGACCUCAACUGGGAGGUACGCGACUCCGCCCUCGAGCUGCUGCUGGUGUGCACCCACAUCUCUUAUAUCAAAUUCCCGCCCUUCCAAAAACAAAUAAUGGAGAAGAAUUUAAUCAACGUGGCUGCGACUAUUGCGUUUAAUGACCACGAGUUCUACGUGCAAGCGUCUGCGCUGAAGUGCGUGGGAGCAGCCACCCAGGUCAGCGCAAUCUGGGAACAGCUACGCGUGCAGUAUCCUUGCAUACUGGAAAAAAUAUUAUCGAUUCUACGGAACAACCAAGAAGGCAUAGUCCGCAAAGAAGCCUGUAACGUUCUAUGCGAGGUGUACCAAAAUAUUAAACUGACUGCAGCGUUCAAACACACCUUGUACGAACAUAUGGUGUCAUCAGCAUUGAGCGACUUCCAUUGGGAAGUACAACUCGCUGCGUUGAAAUUCUGGAAAAUUGUCAUCCAGUCACUCUUGAACGACCAAGGUAUGUUAGAUGGUACCUUCCCUCCUGUUACAUUCUCUCGCGAAACUCGCAAAAUCGUCACCCUAAACGACAUUGAGAUUCAAAAGAGAUUACUAAGAAUACUAAACGAGUUAGCGUCAAUUGGAUGUCUAACAGUUUUAGUUAAGUUACUACAAGAGGACACAGAAGUCGAAAUUAUGGACACAGCUUUAUCUCUAGCACUUGAGAUAGACGACAUUUUAAGUAAGUACAAAGUUCACGAUGGUGUCAAACUUAAUGAGAAUGAAGUAGCAACUAUUGAAGAGCUGUUGUGUUAUAUAAAAGAGGAAGAAAUUGAUGGCGCUCAGGAUAUGGCUAACGCAGAAGCUGCAAAUACUUCAGACAAUGUGAUAGACGGUAUAUUAAACGCUAGUGAUAUUAAUCUUCUAGCAAACAUAUACGAAAGGCAUAUGACCCUAGAAUCGGGCAAAGCACAGACGAAUGCAUCAGAAACAUGCACACCUAAAAUAAAGCUCUUAAAAUUCGCAUCACCGUACCUCUUCGUGAAUCAUUUGAAGAAAAAUGACCUUAAAGCUCUUUUAGAAAACAAAAGGAAAUGGAAAGAAGGAAUUAGAAGUCUAUCUUCACUACUCGAUGACGUUCUCGGAAUUUACGAGAUGAAUGAAGAGGUAAACACGUUAGAUUGUUACUGAGAUUAGUUUAAGUGAAAACUUGUUACCACUGUAAGAGAUUGUUAUUAAAACACAUUUUUAUGUAAGUAUACAAA